ACUUUCAUCCGUGACCUUUGGCAAUCGAGUCGCGGGUCCCACCUUGCAACGAACUGAUCAAGCCAACCGACCUAUCAGCAGUUCAACUGACAUCCUCCCUACAAAUAACGACGUGGGAGAGCGAGAGCGAGAACGCAAGAGCAAGAUGGAGCAAUCGAGAGAAGACGACGCAAGACGCAAUAAAGAGUCAGAGACAGGAGCGAAGGACGAGAUGGUCGUCUACUUCAGCAUCCCCGUCUUCUUUGCCAUCAUCAUUCUAGCCGCGUGCGGCGUCGUUCUCGCCGAUGUCGUCACCAGCAUCUGGGGCUUUGCUGUGUCCUCGUUAUCGUCAUCAUCGUCCCAUGUCAAGGCAUGGUGGCAUUCGCGACCGGUGCUCCUCUUCAGGCUCGGCGGCGUCACCACCCUGAGGCAGAAGCUGAACGACCCGUUCGCCAUGUGCCAGGACAGUAUGGAGCCCGGUGAGAAGGUCCGCACGCUCUCCUGCAACCACAUGUUCCACUACGGCGCCACCGUCAAGUGCCAGAAGACCCUCGACGAAUGGCUUCUCAAAGAGGAGAUGUCCUGCCCAAUCUGCCGCGGGAUUCCCCAUCCCGUGCUGCCGUGGAAGCGGCCACCGCCAUCGUUGCUGAUGUUGUAGGAGGAGGAGGAUGAGGAGCAGGAGGAGGAGGGUGAGGAAGAAGAGGAGGACUCGGAGGAGUUUCGGCUUCCGUCGCACUGGUUCGACGAAACACUACUGUAGUAGACAAGCGUGAUCGAGCUUGGAAUCUUGGAUGGGACGGAGUUGACGCAUCCUGUAUUCCUGUGGGGCGUUCUGCAUCAGUUCUUGUCCUUGAAGGAUUCUUUCGACGUUUCUGUCUCUGCAUUUUUUGGAACUGAUCAAGGAUAGUAUGGCGGUGCGAGUUGCCUGAUAGCCUGGAUUAGUUCUUGGAAGAUUCUUUCGUUGUUUCUGGCAUUCGCUUUCUUGGAAAUCAUCGAGCUUAGCAGCGUUCCUGCUCUUUUUGUCCAGAAUGCUGUUCAGCCGUGACGAACUGAAUUUCUUGCAUUGAUGCCAAGAAACAAAGAUUUGUUAGCCCUUGAAUCAGUUACAAUGUUCUAACUGAAGAAGAUAGAUCCUUGGUUCAUUGCUCUUUCAAUUACUUCCGUCGCAAUGUGAAAUAGUAUUUGUUCGCAGCAUUGUUUGCUAAU